UGCAGCUUCCGUCCCGGUGAAAGUGAAAGAAGAUCAAGCUUCUAAAUUUAAAGACUGCAGUCUCAGUUUCCCUAAUGCGCUGUGGCCUUAACUUCUUAACCCAACUUCACGCCGCUCCUGCCGACCUCAGGAGCGCAAGGUGAAAACUGCGAGAGCUUGAGACUGGCUGGAGAGAGACAUUGAUUGUACUCGAGUUAGUCUGGCUUGAACAAUUAAAGGAUAUUUUUGGUACUUUUAAUUUAAGCAGAGGCAGCUUUUUUUAAAACCAUGGCAGAUGUGGACCCAGACACAUUGCUGGAAUGGCUGCAGAUGGGGCAGGGAGAUGAAAGGGACAUGCAGUUAAUAGCCCUGGAACAGCUCUGCAUGCUGCUUCUCAUGUCAGACAACGUGGAUCGCUGUUUUGAAACAUGCCCUCCACGAACUUUCUUACCAGCACUGUGCAAAAUUUUUCUCGAUGAAAGUGCACCAGACAACGUAUUAGAAGUGACAGCUCGUGCCAUAACCUACUACCUGGACGUGUCGGCAGAAUGCACCCGGCGCAUCGUGGGGGUGGAUGGAGCUAUCAAGGCACUCUGCAACCGUUUGGUAGUUGUUGAACUAAACAACAGAACCAGCAGGGAUUUGGCCGAGCAGUGUGUGAAGGUGUUAGAAUUAAUCUGCACCCGUGAAUCAGGAGCUGUGUUUGAGGCUGGAGGGUUGAAUUGUGUUCUGACCUUCAUUCGUGACAGCGGGCACCUUGUCCAUAAAGAUACUUUGCAUUCUGCCAUGGCUGUAGUAUCCAGGCUCUGCGGCAAAAUGGAGCCCCAGGAUUCUUCUUUAGAGAUCUGUGUGGAAUCACUGUCUAGUUUAUUAAAACAUGAAGACCAUCAGGUUUCAGAUGGCGCCCUGAGAUGUUUUGCUUCAUUGGCUGACAGAUUCACGCGGCGCGGAGUCGACCCCGCGCCGCUGGCCAAGCACGGCUUGACUGAGGAAUUGUUAUCCCGCAUGGCAGCAGCGGGUGGGACGGCAGCAGGACCCUCCUCCGCUUGCAAACCCGGGCGCAGCAGCACCGGAGCCCCUGCCACGGCUGCAGACUCUAAACUGAGUAACCAGGUGUCAACUAUUGUAAGCCUGUUGUCAACCCUGUGUAGAGGCUCUCCAGUAGUAACACAUACUUUUAAUUAUUUCCAGGAUCUCCUAAGAUCUGAACUUCCAGAUUCUAUAGAAAGUGCGUUGCAGGGUGAUGAGAGAUGUGUGCUGGAUACCAUGCGGUUAGUAGAUCUUCUUUUGGUGCUACUAUUCGAAGGGAGAAAAGCCCUGCCAAAAUCCAGUGCUGGAUCUACAGGCAGAAUCCCAGGAUUGCGAAGACUGGAUAGUUCUGGGGAACGUUCCCAUCGGCAGCUGAUAGACUGCAUCCGCAGUAAGGAUACUGAUGCCCUCAUAGAUGCUAUUGACACAGGAGCUUUUGAAGUAAAUUUUAUGGAUGAUGUAGGACAAACUCUUUUAAACUGGGCCUCAGCCUUUGGAACUCAGGAAAUGGUAGAAUUUCUCUGUGAAAGAGGUGCUGAUGUCAACAGAGGUCAGAGAUCGUCCUCGCUACAUUAUGCAGCGUGUUUUGGAAGACCGCAAGUGGCAAAGACUCUCUUGCGACAUGGAGCAAACCCUGAUUUAAGAGAUGAAGAUGGAAAAACCCCGUUAGACAAAGCUCGUGAAAGGGGGCAUAGUGAAGUAGUAGCUAUUCUACAGUCUCCAGGGGACUGGAUGUGUCCUGUCAACAAAGGAGAUGAAAAGAAAAAGAAAGAUGCAAACAAAGAUGAAGAAGAAUGUAAUGAACCCAAAGGAGAUCCAGAAAUGGCACCAAUAUACUUGAAAAGACUAUUGCCUGUGUUUGCACAAACAUUUCAACAAACUAUGCUGCCUUCAAUAAGGAAAGCAAGUCUUGCCCUCAUUAGAAAAAUGAUACAUUUUUGUUCUGAAGCACUGCUGAAAGAGGUUUGUGACUCUGAUGCUGGCCACAAUCUGCCCACGAUACUGGUUGAGAUCACAGCUACAGUUCUUGAUCAAGAGGAUGAUGAUGAUGGCCAUUUGCUAGCCUUGCAAAUCAUAAGGGAUUUGGUGGAUAAAGGUGGUGAUCUUUUCCUGGACCAGCUGGCUAGGCUUGGUGUAAUCUGUAAAGUGUCAACUUUGGCAGGACCAUCUUCUGAUGAUGAGAAUGAAGAGGAGUCUAAGCCUGAGAAAGAGGAUGAACCGCAGGAGGAUGCAAAAGAGCUGCAACAGGGUAAACCAUAUCACUGGAGAGACUGGUCAAUCAUUAGGGGAAGGGACUGCCUGUACAUCUGGAGUGAUGCUGCAGCCCUGGAGCUCUCUAAUGGUAGUAACGGAUGGUUCAGGUUCAUCUUGGAUGGGAAGCUGGCCACGAUGUAUUCCAGUGGCAGCCCCGAAGGAGGAUCCGAUAGCUCAGAAAGCAGGAGUGAAUUCCUGGAGAAGCUGCAGAGAGCUCGCAGUCAGGUGAAGCCGUCUACCCCGAGCCAGCCCAUUUUAUCAGCCCCAGGGCCAGCUAAACUCACUGUGGGAAACUGGUCGCUCACGUGCUUGAAGGAAGGCGAGAUCGCUAUCCACAACUCAGAUGGGCAGCAGGCUACGAUUCUCAAGGAAGAUCUGCCAGGCUUUGUUUUUGAGUCUAACAGAGGGACAAAACAUUCGUUUACAGCUGAAACCUCUUUGGGCUCAGAAUUUGUGACUGGAUGGACUGGCAAAAGAGGAAGAAAGCUGAAAUCUAAACUGGAGAAGACAAAGCAAAAGGUACGCACUAUGGCAAGAGAUUUGUAUGAUGACCAUUUUAAAGCAGUGGAAAGCAUGCCUCGAGGGGUGGUCGUAACGCUGAGGAACAUAGCCACGCAGCUGGAGUCCUCCUGGGAGCUUCAUACGAACAGGCAGUGCAUUGAAGGUGAAAAUACUUGGAGAGAUUUAAUGAAGACUGCUUUGGAAAAUUUAAUUGUCCUAUUGAAAGAUGAGAACACUAUUUCUCCGUAUGAAAUGUGUAGUAGUGGCUUAGUUCAAUCACUACUUACAGUUCUAAAUAAUAAUGUUGAUUUAGAUGUGAAGCAAGAUUGUAGUCAACUAGUAGAGAGAAUAAACGUGUUCAAAACAGCUUUCAGUGAAAACGAAGAUGAUGAAAGUCGCCCAGCAGUUGCUUUAAUUCGGAAACUGAUAGCGGUGUUAGAAUCUAUUGAACGUCUACCUCUCCACUUGUAUGAUACACCAGGCUCCACAUACAAUCUUCAGAUACUAACACGGCGUUUGCGGUUUCGUCUGGAACGUGCCUCUGGGGAGACCUCUUUAAUAGAUCGAACGGGUAGGAUGCUGAAGAUGGAGCCCUUGGCGACUGUUGAGUCUCUAGAGCAGUAUCUCCUGAAAAUGGUAGCAAAGCAAUGGUACGACUUYGACAGGGCUUCAUUUGUUUUUGUACGAAAGCUGCGCGAAGGGCAAACGUUUGUAUUCAGGCAUCAACAUGAUUUUGAUGAAAAUGGAAUUAUUUAUUGGAUUGGGACAAAUGCAAAAACUGCAUAUGAGUGGGUAAACCCAGCAGCCUAUGGUUUAGUAGUGGUUACAUCCUCAGAAGGAAGAAAUCUGCCUUAUGGCCGUUUAGAAGACAUCCUAAGCCGUGACAGUUCAGCCCUCAAUUGUCAUACUAACGAUGAUAAGAAUGCUUGGUUUGCCAUAGAUCUUGGCCUUUGGGUUAUACCAUCGGCUUAUACAUUACGUCACGCUCGAGGUUAYGGAAGAUCUGCUCUCAGAAACUGGGUUUUCCAGGUGUCUAAGGAUGGCCAGAACUGGACAACUUUGUAUACUCAUGUUGAUGACUGUAGUCUCAACGAGCCAGGGUCUACUGCAACGUGGCCUUUAGAUCCUCCAAAGGAUGAGAAACAAGGUUGGAGACACAUUAGAAUAAAACAAAUGGGCAAGAAUGCCAGUGGGCAGACACACUACCUCUCCCUCUCUGGAUUUGAGCUCUAUGGCACUGUGAACGGAGUGUGUGAAGAUCAGUUGGGAAAAGCCGCGAAGGAGGCGGAGGCCAAUCUGCGCCGGCAGCGCCGCCUCGUGCGCUCCCAGGUGUUGAAAUACAUGGUGCCGGGAGCCCGCGUGAUCAGAGGGAUCGACUGGAAGUGGCGGGAUCAGGACGGCAGCCCGCAGGGGGAAGGCACCGUCACGGGAGAGCUGCAUAAUGGCUGGAUUGAUGUCACCUGGGAUGCUGGUGGCUCUAACUCUUACCGUAUGGGCGCAGAAGGAAAGUUUGACCUCAAGCUUUCGCCAGGGUACGACCCUGAUUCAGCGGCAUCACCCAAACCUGUUUCAUCCACUGUUUCAGGCACAACGCAGUCAUGGAGCAGCCUGGUGAAAAACAACUGCCCAGACAAGACGACUGCUGCUGCAGGCUCCUCAAGUAGAAAAGGAAGCAGCAGUUCUGUGUGUAGCGUGGCCAGUAGCAGCGACAUCAGCAUGGGCUCGACCAAAAUGGAGCGGAGAUCAGAGAGUGUAAUGGAGCAAAAUCUAGUUUCAGGCGCUGACGUCCACGAGCCGAUUGUCGUUCUGUCCUCCGCUGAUAGCGUGCCGCAGGCCGAGGUGGGCUCCUCGUCCAGCGCCAGCACCAGCACCCUAACAGCGGACAUAGGCAGCGAGAAUGCAGAGAGGAAGCUAGGGCCCGAGGGGGGCGYGCGCCCGGGCGGCGAGGCCGGCGCCAUCUCCAUGGGGAUCGUUAGCGUGAGCUCCCCCGACGUCAGCUCCGUGUCCGAGCUGACCAAUAAAGAGGCGGCUUCGCAGCGGCCGCUCAGCUCUUCGGCGAGCAACAGGCUCUCGGUGAGCUCUCUGCUGGCGGCCGGGGCGCCCAUGAGCUCCAGCGCCAGCGUCCCCAACCUGUCGUCCCGCGAAACGUCCAGCCUGGAGUCCUUCGUGCGGCGGGUGGCCAACAUCGCGCGCACCAACGCGACCAACAACAUGAACUUGAGCCGAAGCAGCAGCGAUAACAACACCAAUACGCUGGGGAGGAACGUCAUGAGCACUGCGACUUCUCCUCUUAUGGGUGCCCAAAGUUUUCCCAAUCUGACUACAACUGGUACCACCUCAACAGUGACCAUGUCUACAUCCAGUGUUACUAGCAGCAGCAAUGUAGCUACAGCAACUACAGUUUUGUCUGUUGGUCAGUCGCUUAGUAAUACCCUAACUACUAGCCUAACAUCAACAUCUAGUGAGAGCGAUACAGGGCAGGAGGCAGAAUAUUCUUUAUAUGAUUUUCUUGAUAGCUGCCGAGCUAGUACCCUCUUGGCAGAGUUGGAUGAUGAUGAGGAUCUACCUGAGCCAGAUGAAGAAGAUGAUGAAAAUGAAGAUGAUAAUCAAGAAGACCAAGAAUAUGAGGAAGUUAUGGAAGAAGAGGAGUAUGAAACGAAAGGAGGUCGUAGAAGAACAUGGGAUGAUGAUUACGUGUUGAAAAGGCAGUUUUCUGCUUUGGUUCCUGCUUUUGACCCAAGACCUGGUCGAACUAAUGUUCAGCAGACCACGGACUUAGAGAUCCCUCCGCCAGGUACCCCUCACUCGGAGCUUCUGGAGGAGGUGGAGUGCCUGCCCUCACCCCGCCUGGCGCUCACCCUGAAAGUUUCGGGCCUCGGAACAACCCGGGAAGUAGAGUUGCCCCUAACCAACUUUCGCUCCACCAUCUUUUAUUAUGUGCAGAAGCUGUUACAGCUUUCUUGUAACGGUAACGUGAAAUCGGACAAACUUAGACGUAUUUGGGAGCCAACAUACACAAUCAUGUACAGAGAAAUGAAGGAUUCGGAUAAAGAGAAAGAAAGUGGAAAGAUGGGUUGCUGGUCAAUAGAGCAUGUGGAGCAGUACCUUGGCACUGAUGAGUUACCAAAGAAUGACUUGAUAACCUACCUGCAGAAGAAUGCAGACUCGGCUUUCCUGCGCCACUGGAAAUUAACUGGCACUAAUAAAAGCAUUAGAAAAAACAGAAAUUGUUCCCAGCUCAUAGCAGCAUACAAGGAUUUUUGUGAACAUGGGUCUAAAUCUGGAUUAAGCCAGGGAGCCAUUUCUACUCUUCAGAAUUCUGAUAUCCUUAGUUUGGCAAAGGAACAACCUCAGGCCAAAGCUGGCAGUGGGCAGAACUCCUGUGGAGUGGAAGACGUUCUGCAGCUGCUUCGCAUUUUGUACAUAGUUGCCAGUGAUCCUUACACAGCCCGGACCUCUCAGGAAGAAGGAGAUGAGCAUCCUCAGUUUAACUUUCCACCAGAUGAAUUCACAAGCAAAAAAAUUACUACAAAGAUUCUGCAGCAGAUUGAGGAACCUUUGGCACUAGCGAGUGGAGCUUUGCCCGACUGGUGUGAGCAGCUGACCAGCAAGUGUCCUUUCUUGAUCCCCUUUGAAACUAGGCAGUUGUACUUCACAUGCACAGCGUUUGGAGCAUCCAGAGCAAUCGUGUGGCUGCAGAACAGGCGCGAGGCCACCGUGGAGCGCACGCGGACCGCGAGCACGGCGCGGCGCGACGACCCGGGCGAGUUCCGCGUGGGGCGCCUCAAGCAUGAGAGGGUGAAAGUUCCRCGAGGAGAAUCCCUCAUGGAAUGGGCAGAGAACGUCAUGCAGAUCCAUGCAGACAGGAAAUCUGUCCUAGAGGUUGAGUUUCUAGGGGAGGAAGGAACGGGCCUGGGUCCUACCUUGGAAUUCUACGCGUUGGUGGCAGCCGAAUUCCAGAGGACGGAUUUGGGUGCUUGGCUCUGUGAUGAUGACUUCCCAGAUGAUGAAUCUCGUCAGGUUGACAUUGGUGGUGGAUUGAAACCCCCCGGCUACUACGUACAGAGGUCAUGUGGACUCUUCACAGCACCAUUCCCACAAGAUAGUGAUGAACUUGAAAGAAUAACCAAACUCUUUCAUUUUCUUGGAAUUUUCUUGGCUAAAUGCAUUCAGGACAACAGACUUGUGGAUUUGCCCAUUUCUAAGCCUUUUUUUAAACUUAUGUGUAUGGGUGACAUUAAAAGUAACAUGAGUAAGUUGAUAUAUGAAUCACGGGGWGACAGAGACUUGCACUGUACUGAAAGCCAGUCAGAGGCCUCUACAGAAGAAGGCCAUGAUUCCUUGUCAGUGGGAAGUCUGGAAGAAGACUCCAAAUCAGAAUUUAUCCUUGAUCCACCAAAACCUAAACCCCCUGCCUGGUUUAAUGGAAUUCUAACAUGGGAAGACUUUGAAUUAGUAAAUCCACAUAGAGCAAGAUUUUUAAAAGAAAUUAAGGACCUUGCAAUUAAAAGGCGUCAAAUUUUAAGUAACAAAAGUCUUUCUGAAGAUGAAAAAAACACAAAGCUACAGGAAUUAAUGCUGAAAAAUCCCUCAGGUUCUGGACCUCCACUUAGCAUAGAAGAUUUGGGGCUGAAUUUCCAGUUCUGCCCGUCCUCCAAAGUCUACGGGUUCACGGCCGUGGAUCUCAAACCAGGCGGUGAGGAUGAGACGGUGACGAUGGAUAAUGCGGAGGAGUACGUGGACCUCAUGUUUGACUUCUGCAUGCACGCUGGGAUUCAGAAGCAGAUGGAGGCCUUCCGAGAUGGCUUUAAUAGAGUCUUCCCAAUGGAGAAGCUGAGUUCCUUCAGCCAUGAAGAAGUUCAAAUGAUUCUUUGUGGAAAUCAAUCGCCUUCGUGGGCAGCCGAGGACAUCAUCAACUACACGGAGCCCAAACUGGGCUACACGCGAGACAGCCCCGGGUUCCUGCGCUUCGUGCGGGUCUUGUGUGGCAUGUCCUCAGACGAGAGGAAGGCCUUUCUGCAGUUCACCACCGGCUGCUCCACGCUGCCCCCGGGAGGCCUGGCCAACCUUCACCCGCGCCUCACCGUUGUGCGCAAGGUGGACGCCACCGACGCGAGUUACCCGUCGGUGAACACGUGCGUGCACUACCUGAAGCUGCCCGAGUACUCGUCCGAGGAGAUCAUGCGGGAGCGCCUGCUCGCGGCCACCAUGGAGAAGGGCUUCCACCUCAACUGAGCGCCAGGCCCUCCCGCGCCGGCCAAGCCGCCCGUGCUUGUGUGCAGAACCUGCGCUCGCCCACGCUCUGCGCUGAAGACUCGCCUUGUUUUCACCUGUGAGGCUUUAGGAACAUGUGGAAUAAGUUUGUUAGCUGCUAAUGACAAAAAGUAAAUCCGUGUUACUCCACAGCCAGCAAGAAUUUGGCACAGAACACUGUGUGACGCUUCAAGGGCUUGCACAACUGGAAAUUAAGAUGGUUCUGUUUGACUGUUCCAACGAACAGAGCAUCCGUUUUCAGUGUUCACUGAUAUGAAUUUCUAACAGUGUAUUUGUGUAAAGUUGGUCAUUUAAUACCUUGUACACUACAGUUGCCAUCACUGAUCCCUGUUCUGCUGGCUUGACGCUAACUGGUCAGAAACUUGCUUCCUUAAAACUUAAGAGUUAAUGGGCAUCUCCAGCUUUUCUUUUUUAAUGGUGCCUGCACUAUUGGA